UGGGGCCCCCGGGCAAUAGGGGAUCAUGGGGCCCCUGUGUCCUUGCUCAAACUCAAAAAAGCCUAUGAAAAAGGUACCAGGGGCAUCUCAUGGGGCCUCCUACUGACCCCGGGCCCUCGGACAGGCUUUCAGACAAAAUUAGUUGACUCAGUGAUGAAAAAAGAAUGUUCUGACCAGGGGCGGACUGACAACUCAUGGGGCCCCCGGGCAAUAGGGGAUCAUGGGGCCCCUGUGUCCUUGCCCACACUCAAAAAAAGCCUAUAAAAAAAAGGUACCAGGGGCAUCUCAUGGGGCCCCAUACUGACCCCGGGCCCUCGGGCAGUGCCCGAAUGGUCAGUCCACCCCUG